AUGCCUCUAUGCCACGGGCUCAUUCCUCGUGAGGUUCCUAGCAUCGAGAAGAAGAGAGGCGAAAAAAAAGGGGAUCAGGAUAAGAAGCCAUCAAUCAUUGUUAUUCCAGGCCCUAAGCCUGGAAAACCCAUAGAUCUUUCCAGGAUGCGGCAAAUACUGUUAAAACUAAAGCAUACACCACCACUACCUCCUCCUGCUAAAGAUGCCAAAGUCGGUAAGGAUGGAAAAGAAACAUCUGCAAAAGCAACUCCUAUAGCUGAAGGUGCAUCAGGAUCCCAGCUAAAGGAUGUCACUUCCAAUGACCCUAUCUAUGCGGAAAUUGAGAAAUUAGAAAUUAUGAUAAAGCUUGCUUCAGACCAAAAUAUAGACCAGGUUUUGUUGGGAUUUAAGAAAUACGCUACUGAAGAACCUACGCUUGUCCAACUACAGUUGCUAACUGCUACUGUCAAACUUUUUCUUAAGAAGCCAACUGAGAGCCCACAACAGGUGAUUCAGGUUGUUUUGAACAAUGCCACUAUAGAGACAGAUAAUCCCAAUUUGCGAGAUCGUGCAUACAUAUAUUGA